GACCCUGGGCCGGAUUCGCUCGGAACAAAGUGCUACUACGCAGCCUGCUGCUGGCUGGGAACGCAGACGUGACUCAGGGUCAUGUCUCAAGACUCUGUGGCAGUCCGCACCGAUGCGGAACCCCAGACGACCACUGAGGUCGAGUUGGAGAACUUGGAAGCUCCUGUCCACAGUAGAGGAUCAUCCCACCGAUGCAAUCAGCAGGACUGGGGUUGUACCUGUGCUGGUCAGUUGUCUGCAGAGCUCCAGGUUAGUACCCGAAAUGGUUCAGUAAAUUCUUCUGAUUAUCAACUUAACAAAAGGCACUAAUAA